AAAUUUCUGUAUUCCUUAUAUAUCUUGUUCAAUAUAAUUUUAUGUUGCAGAGGAAAUCUCAAAGAAAGUUUUUCUUCAUUUCAACAUGGAUACAGAUUACUUAGUAGAGGGAUUAAAUCUUACACAAAAUACAGUAUUUUAGACUGUGUUACGGAAUGCCUAAUGACUUCCAGGUGUAGAUCGGUGAAUUAUUUUAAAGGAGCACAUUUUUGUGAAAUUAACUUUCAAAUUCACACCAUUGAGCCAGAGAUGUACAGGCAAAGUCCGGGCUGGAUAUACACAGCGAUAGAGAGAUGGAAUAAGGAUCUCGUACGUUCUUGCUCGUCGUCAUCCUGCGCACUCAACGAAAAAUGCAUCCUUCAACCUUUUGGUGAAUUCCGGUGCGUUUUCUCAGACUGUGGGAUUCUGAACGUACAGAAUACUACGUGGAAUGUACAGGACUGGGACGGAAUAGGAAUCUAUCAACAUUUUCACAUCAAAUGCUCUGAUUUCCAUCUUCAGCGAGGAUCCGGAAGGUUCUUGUGUCUUGAGAAUGGGACAUGGAAAUCGGACCUAAUUUGUCUAGAUCUACCUAGAGAUUGUAAGAACCUCCGUGAAAAUGGCGAUAAUGAUUCGCGAUCGGGCGUAUACGAGAUUUACCCGUAUGGAUCCCGAGCCCGACCUGCUACGGUUUUCUGUGAUAUGUACACAAUGGGAGGGGGAUGGACGGAAAUGACGUCAUCCACCAGUUAA